AUGUGCAUCGCAAGCAUGGUGCUUGGGUUCGCCUUGUUCAUUGCAGGAGUGGUCCCAGCCGCAUACAACCCCUCUGCCUGCCGCUCAUCAUCUUCCUCUUCUUCAUCGAGCUCGGGAUACGGCAGCUCUUCCUCCUACAACUCGGGAUACGACAGCGGAUACAACCGGGGCUACAACUAUGGUUACAACAAAGGAUUCGACACAACGUUCAUAUCAACGUACAAUGAUGCAUACAACUAUGGUUACAACAAGGGGUACAACAAAGGCUACUCCGGCUAUUCGUACAGCAAUGUGGGAAACGGAUUCUCCUCCUACUCAUACGAAAGCAGCACGUAUUCACUUGCUUACAACGCAGGUUACAACGCAGGUUACAACCCGAGCUCCCUGUGGGAUCAUACCUACGACUACAACACUGGAUACAACACUGGAUACAACUCAGGAUAUUACAAGGGGUUCGCCCAGGGGGACUCGUUGACCACCUACAAGCUGUCAUACAACUCGGGGUUCAACGCUGGCUUUAACUCGGGGUACAACACCGGUCAUAGUACCUACCUCUACACCCACAACUCGGGGUACUAUAAUGGCUUUUGCUCGGGCUACUACAACAGCUACAUAGCAUCCCAAUCGUCAAGCUCGGACUACAAUCGCGACCUGACCUGGUAUUACAACACAGGUUACAAUUCCGGCUUUUACAGCGGCUCCUACUCGCAUACGUCGAGCUCCUACGGAAGCAGCAGCAGCUCUUCAUCGUACCACUACUCAAGCUGUGAGGGUGAUAGAGCCGCAGCCAAGGCAUGGCUCGUGUUCAUUGGACUCUGGGGGAUCAUUCCUGGCCUCUACACUCUCAUCUUCGGAGGUCUUGGGAUCGCGACUAGCAGCAAGAGAACAAAGCUAUUUGGGGGUCUUUACCUCGCGCAGCUGAUCAGUGACAUCCUCUUGCUGCUGACGUCAACGUACAUCUCAUUAUGCCUUGCCCUUUCAUCACAGUUUAUUUGUGGUAAGAACGCAUGCGCCUUCUGUUUCUCGAUAGCCGCUGACGACACUUUGACUUCUGCAGAUGAUUAUGAUCUAGUCGAUAGCAAUCGCCUCUGCUCAAUGGCCCAAGGCAGUGCAUAUGCAAUCUUUGUCUUCGAUCUUCUCCUAUCCAUCUGUCAGAUUGCCACUUCCAUCGUCAUGUGCUCACUCUGCUGUCAACCUGACCAAUGGGAGGAGAUCAAUGCGGUCCGGCCUAUCCACCUCGAUCACGGAAUGCCUGUAGCAAAGCCCAUUGAAGCCGUCCCUGUCCAGCCAGCGAUAGCAAAUCCUGUCUCGGCCCCACAGCCAGCGCAGGCAACUCUGAACUCACUGCUAGGUGCAAGCGCAGGCUCGAAUGACGUGAAGGACGAUCAUAACCCUAUGGCCAAGUCUGGACAGGCACGAGGGGCAUGGAUCAUGCCAGCACCCCCUCAGGUGCCGACUGACCCGCCGACAUCUCAACAUGAAGGUGCACAAUCAGUGGUGGCCCCUUACCUUCGUGCGGGCAACAGGCUCUUCAAAAGCUUGAGAACACUGAAAGAAUGGGUCGACGGCGAGGAAUCUGAGGACUAA